AUGGCUGAGCGAAAAGUCCUCACCAAGUACUACCCGCCCGACUUCGAUCCCUCGGCGAUCGGGCGGACGCCAAAGCACCUCCGCAAAAGCGGGCCGAAAGUGAUCACCGUCCGGUUGAUGGCACCGUUUUCAAUGAAAUGCACACACUGCGGCGAAUUCAUUUACCGAGGUCGCAAGUUCAACGCCCGAAAGGAGACACUGGAGGAGCGAUACCUAUCGAUUCCUAUGUACAGGUUUUACAUUCGCUGUACAAGAUGUAGCGGCGAGAUCACCUUCCGAACAGACCCAAAGAAUAUGGACUACGAAUGUGAACGCGGCGCAAAGCGUAACUUCGAAGUAUGGCGCGACUCCAAAGACGAGAAAUACAACGAAACAGAAGAACAGACACUCGACCGACUGGAGCGCGAACAAGGCGAAGAACAGGAGCAGCUGGAACGCGACAAGAUGGCUGAGCUCGAAGAGAAAAUGCUUGACUCGAAGCGCGAAAUGCAGAUUGCGGAUGCGCUGGACGAAAUCCGUACUCGGAAUGCGCGCAUAGAGCGCAACGAGGCCUUGGGCGAGGAGGCUGCUUUGGAGACUGUGAGAGAAGAUAUUGAUGAGGCUGCACUUCAAGCGGAGAAAGAGGAUGAGGAGGCUGCUCGCAAGGCGUUCAUGACUUCCUCUGGCGAGAGGAUCAAACGUAUUGUUGAUGAGGAGGACACACCCGCUGCAAGCGUUGAAUCAAAGACAUCGGUUGCGCCACUUCCAGCUAUGCCGCCUCCCUCGGCAUCCUUUGCCAGAGUGAAGCGGCCCAAGAAGGGCGGUGUGAACAGUCUGGGCAUCAAGAAGAAGCCAUCCCUGGUUUAA